AUGACGAAGCAAAAUCAGCCUGUGGUCUUUCUCCUGCAGCCAUCAUCCUCCCAAUCACAGAGAGAGAAAGAGCUUCAAGUUUCAGAACGCAAAGCCCACGCUGCCAGGGUUGCACAUGCCAGACGCCGCCAAGUGCGAGGGAUCGGACAGGUCAGGCAGGGGAGAACCAUUAGCAGGGCGGCUGAUGUCUCAGUUGGCUCUAGGAGGUCGAGCCAGUCUUCAGACACCACAGGAGGUGAAUACCGUGGAGACGAAACACCACAAGACGACGGACGACUGGUCCUCCUCAGCGUUACUCAACAAAGUCCUCUGCAACUCUCACAACAUGGCUCUUCUGAUCCGUUCAGCUCUCAAGCCAUUCCCAUCACUCCGCGAGUGAACCAGGUCUUGCAAUAUGCAAGCCAGUCGCUGGCCAGCCUCUUUGCGACUAGCUACACGAGACGGCUAUUUUCUGGCACCUUGAAACAAUCUUUCAAUCCCAAGGGCGUCGGCGCCAUUCGGGAUGUUAAAUCACUACUCUGGACCUGGGAAUGGUCGUCAGCCGAGGAGGGGUCACUCUCAUCCUAUGUUUCAAUGUACGCGACAUCCAUGACUCGGUUUCUGCCCAAGCAGAUACACAAAGAGUACUCGGUGAUGGCUCUGAGCCUCCGAACACGAAGUCUGGAGGUGUUGCGAAAGAGGAUUAGCUACUUGGACGCAACCCGCGGACCUGACAUGGCGCUUAUUAUGAAUGUCAUACGGCUGUUCCGCAUGGAUUCAUUCGCCGGAGACGUCAAUGCAGCAAGACUACAUGCGAACAUGAUUCACAGUUUUGCCGAGUCUGUCCCGGAACUGGAUCGAAAGGCUCAUUUCAUCAGUAUGACUGCGUACAAUGAUAUCGUCUCUGCGACGAACCAGUUACGGCGGCCGUUGAUGAACUAUGAAAAUUGGAUCCAGACGUUUUUGGACGAAUGCCGGGAGAUCAUUGCUCAAUAUCUCCCGCCGGAACCGACGGACGACAAAGAUAUUCACCACUCCGUCUCAUUGUACAAACUACGCGCUGUCAUGAAACGGUUCCGAUGGUAUUUGUCCAUGGGAGGAGGGAAGGCAGGGCUCGCGCCGCGUACGUUACGGGAAGCAGAAAUGAUCCGCCGCUGGAUAAUGGUCUCGGCGCAAAAGAACGUGGCAACUCUCUUGCACCUCUACGCGGAAUUGACAGAGGAUGACGGACCCACUCUGGAGCUCCAUCUCACCAACAUCGCCUUGACUCUGACGUUGAUCAUGUCCCUCCAAAAGAGCAUCUGGGAGGCGACUCUCAACGGCGCUGAUAUCUGCGAUUCUUCCCGCGUCAUUCUGCCCCGAUUGGAGCGAGUCAUGACAUCGAUACUCGAGACCGCGACCCUGGAAGAGCUCCAUUACUACCGAGAAGCCCAUUUUUGGGUCUUCUUCGUCGGAGCCCAGAUGGAGCAGCAGAAGGUCCAGGCAAAUCAUCCAAGCCCAUAUCAGGCAAACCAGACGCCUCCGCACCCGCUAUGGUUCGGCAACAUGCUUGUACAGCAAGCGCGCUUUCUGGGCCUGUGGAAAUGGUCCGACGCCCGCAAAUUGGUGCAGCAAUUUGUUUUCAACCAGUUCUGGGAGCCGGCCCCUAGCAGCUGGUACGAGACCGUCGUCCGAGACUUUGGCAACCGGACCGAGGUGGCUCUGGCAGUGCACAGUGGUGGUCAAUUAAUCCAGGCGCUCCGAGAAACUUAA